CGCGCUCUUGUCGCCUCUCGUGGCCGUGGGGCGCGUGGGGCUGCGUCCAGGAGACCGAGGCCCUAACGUUCGCGCGUUCUGAAGCCACGGUCUCGGGCUGGGGCCGCGGGCGCACUGUGCUGCCGGAGAGCCGAAAGCUCUGCCUGCCGCCAGAGGGGGCUGAAGGGCCUGGUCGAGGCCUGCACGGCCAGGCGGCCUCGCGCGCACGGUCUGCGUCAGCGGGCGGAGCGGGGACCGGGCCUCGCGGGCUCUACUCCACGCUUUUCUAGGGACCCUGUUACUUGGUGACCACAAUGAAAAAUGGGAACCAAGAUGAUCUGGUAACGGGCACACUUCCUAAGCGCAAGAGCUCCAAAGAAUGGUUGGAACCACAGUCGCUUUCUUUUAUGGAGGCUUUAGCUAAAGAAGACACUGAUGCAGCUGUUCAAUCAAUUUUAUACAGAGAAAAUUAUGUAAUAAAGGAAUUAGAUAAGUAUUUAAAUCAUUAUGACUUCUUAAAUGAAAGAAGAAAAGAAAUGUUGUAUAAAAAAUGGGUUGAGCGUGUGGAAGAUCCUCUACAGAAGAAAAUUAUAGAAAAAGUUUCUUCACAUAAGAAGAUUAAAAAGAGGAGACGACAAGAAUUAGAGAAUUUUUUGAGAUAUGUUAAUAAGAAGGAAAAUGCGUUUAUAGAGCAUUAUGAUCCAAAAGAAUAUGACCCUUUUUAUAUGAACAAAGAGGACCCCAAUUUUCUGAAGGUUAUCAUGCCGCCAGUUCGUGACCCUUUGAAGAAAGCUCAAUAUGACAAGGAUGAUGAGAAGCGAACUCUUCUCCAGUGUGAGACUGGCAAAAUCUAUACAAUGAAAGAAUUUAAAGAGAUCGAGAAGGCCCAAUUGCAGUCCAGGUUCCCGAGUAUUUCUAAUUCAAGGCAAUGCAUGACUCCAAAUGAAUGGCUUAAAGUGCCCAUGAGAUAUAUAGAGAGUGAAUUUUGUAAAAAGAGCAGGGUCAAAGUAAAGGUGAAUUUUAAUGCUGGUAGUUUUGAUUUGAAUCCACUGAGAAGGGUGCCUGAUAUUCUGGAAUUCCAGGAGGAAGAAAAGGCGGUCAGUUACAAAAACAAAGGACUUUCCUCUCUGGACAAUGAAGAUCUGUGUCUCCAGGAGGGAAAAAACCCAAGUUCUAAAGGGAUCAGUGCUGAAGUUCGCCAUUCUUCUGCAGUCCUCUGCCAGGAGGUAGAAAGGAACGGGGACCAGGAUGCAGUGAGAGCUGGGACAGUCAGUCCCAUUUUGUGAUACACAGGGCAGCACUUGCUGACACCCAGUCCAAGCAGCUGGGAACUUCUUGAUAUGGAAGGCUUUGCAGAAUCCAGGAUGCUAUUGAUCACAUCGCUAGUGGGUAGUAGAAGAAACUAAGACCAGUGUCAUUCAGAGAUAGUGGAGAGUGUCCUUGCAGCCUGAUGAAGCCACAUAGUGGACUUCCCAGAUGGUCUAGUAUUUCCUUGGCUCCUGAGUUGACUCCUGAUUGGGUAAUCUGUCUACCACCUCUACCCUCUUUCUCUGAUUUACCUGUAGUCAAGAAAAAAAAUGUUUAUUUUAAUUCCGAUCAAGAAUUAGUUUUAAGGCCGGGCGGUGGUGGCGCACGCCUUUAAUCCCAGCACUUGGGAGGCAGAGGCAGGCGGAUCUCUGGGAGUUCGAGACCAGCCUGGUCUACAAGAGCUAGUUCCAGGACAGGCUCCAAAACCACAGAGAAACCCUGUCUCGAAAAACAAAAAAAAAAAAAAAAAAAAAAAAAGAAUUAGUUUUAAAAAGGGUCAAUACUAAAAGUAGUAAGCUCUAAGAAGGAAAGUAACAGCCCCCAAAUGUAGACUGCCUAGAGAUACAGGUGUUCAUAGAGACCUCCAUCCCAUGGGAACUCCAGUGCUGUGGUGUCAUGUGCCGGAGCUAGUCUGACACACACGUAGGUCUAGGGUUCUCUUACAUUCAGUUUCCCUUCCCAUCGCUGGGUCUCUUCUCCGAGGGGAUUGGCUUUAUCCAUUCCUGAGAGUUUACUGACCCUGUCAGCACUCUGUUUUACCGUCUUUGUCUGUCGUUGUUUAGUUCUUUUUUCCAUGUGGUUGCUUACUUUGUGCCCUACCUUAACAAAUACCUGUUCUGAGUCAGGCAGUAUGUAAGGGGCUGGAUCCAUAAUGGUGAACUGCAGGGAAAGCUCUGCUUUUGUUGAGCUUUUGACGGUAAAGAAAGAGAACAAUCAAAGUAAAUGUAGAACAGGUGAGUUGAUGAGUGAGGAGGAGAAAGUUAGAUAAGGACAGCAAGGAAGGGGAUGGAUGAGGACACCAUUUUAAAUGGAGAAACCAGGAAAGGCUUCCUGGAAGAGAUGACAUUGUUCAGUGGCCUUAGAAACUGAGGAUGGGAUGGGCAUGAUGGAGCACAUCUUUAAUUCCAGUACUUGGGAAGCAGAGACAGGAAGACCUCUGUGAGUUCGAGGCCAACCUGGUCUAUAUUGAGUUCCAGGACAGCCAGGGCUACACAGAGAAAUCCUGUCUUGAAAAAUAAAAAAAAAAAAAAAAAAAGAAAAAGAAAGAAAGAAAGAAAGAAAGAAAGAAAGAAAGAAAGAAAGAAAAGGAAAGGAGCUGAGGGUGGGCCAUGGAGAGUCUUAGGGGAAGCACAUCCAGGGAGAAGAUUGACACAGCAGCUUGAGGAGGGAAUGAGGCUGACAAGAGGGACUGGAGAGAGGUAGGUACCACUCGGAAGCCAUCCAGAGGUUUUGAUUAUACACAUACCUAAGUGACUUUGGGGGAAGAUUUUUUUCUUUAUUUUCCUUUUUUUUUUUUAAUUUGUUGUUGUCUAGUUUCUUAGAGACAGCGUUUCAUGGUUUCAUGUAGCCUAGACUGGCCUUGAACUCUUUAUAUAGCUAAGGGUAGCCUUGAAUUCUUCAUCCUUUUGCCUCCACCUCCCACAUGCUAGGAUUACAGGUGUGCACCAUGACACCUGACAAAGUGACAUUAUAAAAGAAAACAUGGCUGCUUUGUAGCCAGUUAUAUGCAGGCCAGAACAGUCUGGCUGAUAGACCAGGGCACUGGGUCAGGAGCAUAGUAACUUGAUGUCUAGUGAUGGCCGUGUGGUCAUGGGACCUAAGGAGAGAGCAAGACAACAAAGCUAUUAGUGUUUGACAUGAGAAACGAGUAAAAGCAAGAAACCAAAGACAACUGUGUUCUUGAGGUUUUUGUCUUGAGGAGCCUGGAUGGACGAUGGUCCUACUUCUGAUUAUAAAAGUUGGACUGGAACUUGGAGAGAUUAAGGAAGAAGUACAAAAAUGAGGUAAUGCUUCCUGGGGCUAAAUUAAAGAUACAUUUACCAUUCCAAUGUACACUUAUAGGAUUAUUGAGUAUUUUAGCCUUUUCUCUAGCUGUUCAUCAGGAUGUAGCCUGGUGUUCUAGGAUUAGGAUGUAGCCCAGUGGAGAGUAUUUACCUAUCAUGUGCGAAAUUCAGUCUCCAGUAGUCUCUUUCUUAAAAAAGAAACAGACGAACAAGUAAGGAAGUAGUAAGCAUGUUCUGUAAAGGUAGUUUCCCCUAGCCUAGGUGUCCUCAGAUGCUAAGUGUAAUCAGAAUACAAAGGCUCUCACUUCUGUAGUUGGCAUGACUAAGUGACAGAAUGAGUAUGUGCUCCUCUUAGCCUGGAAUUUGCUAUGAAGACCAGGUGGGCCUCAAAUCCACAGAUCUCUGACAGCUUCUGUCCCUGGAGUGCUAGGAUUAAAGGAAGAUCUCUCUCCCUUUCUCCCUGCCCGCCCCCUCACACACACACACACACACACACACACACACACACACACACACAGGUUCUUGAAGACUCAUCUUCACACAUUUAGAACAUAACAUUUUCUCCCUAACAGAUACCAAUACUAAAAUCAAGUGUAUUUUAGUAAUAUUCAGCUAUAUUUAGCAACAUUUAUCUUUUACCUCAACCUCCCAGAGGAGCUGUGGAGUGGGCAGGUGGGUAUAAUCUGAAGGUCAAAGGAGAUAUGAGGUUGGACGUGCAUAAUGUGAUUGGAAGUCACAAGAUAAUCUGAGAAUGAGUUUCCAAAGGGCUGAUGGCUAGAUUGUGUGAGCAGUGUCAACUCUGGCCAGAGUGACUUUGGGGUUUCAGCUCCCAUAGCCAAGGAACUUUCUGGUCCUGUAACCCCUUAUUACUAUGUCACACUCAACUCCUUGUUACUUUCAAAAGGUUGUGACAACCACACAUCCUGAUUCCUGAUCUGAACAAGGACCCACAAAAGAAGGCUGCUUUAGACGAAGUUACCUGCUGGCAGGAAUCCUUCUGAGGCGAACCAAGGAAGAAACAUAAGAAUCAUCCUGUUCUCUGCAAUAAACAUUUUUGGUAUAGAGUUCAGUGCCUGUGAUGAUUAAGAAAUUACAAUGUAAAAAAAACAAAACAAACAGAAAAACUGGAUGUGGUGGUGCAUGCCUUUAAUCCCAACACUUGGGAGGCAGAGGCAAGUGGCUCUCUGUGAGUUUGAGGCCAGCCUGGUCUACAGGUUGAAUUCCAGGACAGCCAGGAAUACACAGAGAAACCCUCUCUUGAAAACAAAAACAAAAAGAAAUGAUAUUACAUUUCCCCAAAAGUGUAUUUUCCUCUGAAAUUAAAAAGUUCACAGAAGGGGCCAACAAAAAGAGCCAUCUUGGCCGGGCGGUGGUGGCGCACGCCUUUAAUCCCAGCACUCGGGAGGCAGAGGCAGGUGGAUCUCUGUGAGUUCGAGACCAGCCUGGUCUACAAGAGCUAGUUCCAGGACAGGCUCCAAAACCACAGAGAAACCCUGUCUCGAAAAACCAAAAAAAAAAAAAAAAAUAAGAGCCAUCUUCCUGAAUGCCUGUCUCAAUUCACUUGGUUUGUGACUAAGUUAUUCUUUCUGCCUAGGAAUCACUGAAAUUGAGCUUUAAGGUAUCAAUUGUAUUGUCGUAUUUUUUUGCAAUGCCAUAUUUAUUAUUUGCCUUAUUCCAGGAGUAUUCUAGGCUCUUGCCUCCAAUCUACACAUGGUUCCAGGUGAAAAACUCAAAUAAAAAUUGUGAAACAUUAUAUUGUGGGAAAUUUCAGAAAAGUAUAUACAAAUAGAGAUAACUGUGCAAGAGACCCUCAUCUAAUCUCAAUAAAGAAAAUGUUAUGGUCUGUCUUCA